AUGGAGCUUGUUUUUACCAAGGACGCCUGUCCCCGUAAGUCGAGUCUCGCCCCUCCAUUGCCCCGCCGGAGCCAAGCCAUCAAGGCUGGCGGGCAAGUCUUCGUCUCCGGCCAAAUUCCCGCCGACAACACUGGCAAGCUACUCGAGGGAAGCAUUGCUGAGAAGACUGACCUCUGUUGCCGCAACAUCUGUGCUGUACUGGCUGCUGCUGGCUCCUCCAUUGAUAAGGUCGUCAAGGUUAACGUCUUCCUCGUUGAUAUGGCUGACUUUGCAGAGAUGAACGGAGUGUUUGAGAAGUACUUCUCCCACAAGCCUGCUCGCAGCUGUGUUGCCGUGCAUCAGCUUCCCAAGGGUGUUCCAGUCGAGCUUGAGUGUAUUGCUCUCCAGUAG